UAACCCGGUGCACCGUAAAAUAUUUAUCACUGAAAACACGUUAUGGUUUAGAGUAGUUAUGGAGUUCAUCUGACAGUGUGUUAGCAAUACAAAUAUGGAAAGAUAAUUGUGCAUGUAACUGUCAUGACUUUCAAGGGGAUAAGGUCACGAUAACUGGUUCAAUAAAGGUAAGGGAAGCAGACGCAGACCAAAUACAAUGGCGGAGUUGUUUACCUCAGUGCUCUUAUGUUUAGUAGGUGCCAUAAUCUACAUUUGUUACUGGACUUUAUCGAUCCCUCGCAAGCUUCCUCCAGGACCAAGGAUUUUCCCAAUCAUAGGGAACGUGUAUGGUUUGUUUGGUAUAAAAGAUAUUUUGAAAUCUUUUGUUGCCCUACGAGGACAAUAUGGCGACCUUUUCACGUUGACAAUCGGCGGGAAAUUUUAUAUUGUUGUAAAUGGUUAUGAAACGAUGAAAGACAUUUUUAUAAAAAAUGCAGAUGUCGUAUCUAUUCGACCGGAUAACUUUUUAAGCAAGGAAUUAACAAAGGGAAACGGCAUUGUAUUUUCGUCUGGUCAUCGAUGGAAAAUAAACAGAACGUUUACAAUGUCCAUGUUGAGAGACUUUGGAUUCGGUAAAAAAUCGUUCGAAUCAAAUAUCAUGAAGGAGGUUGAAGUUGUUAUAAAUGUCUUUGCACAACAAGCAGGAAAGCCUAUGUGUGUCACAAGCAGUGAUUUCAUCACCGUAAGUAUAGCAAAUAUCAUGUGUGAUGUGACCUUGGGGAGACGUUUUGAUAGCAAUGAUCAGGACUUUCUGGACAUCGUGAACGCUGUCAAUGCUGCUGCCAGCAAUGUCAACACUAUAGGGGCUUUGACAGUAUUCCCCUUCCUUGCUAAAAUACCAGGAGACCCUUUCCGAGGACAAGACACAAUAAAACAAAACCUACUUCUUCAAAACAGUUUAAGUAAAAUAUUGAAGGAACAUCUUCAGACGUACGAGGAGAGCCAUAUUCGUGAUUUCAUUGACGCUUACAUUCGAAAAAUGAGACAUGACUGUCAAGGCAACAAGCAAGAUUUUAAUGAGCAACAACUGCUGCAGAUUGUUAUGGAUCUCCUGGGCGCGGGCACAGAGACAUCGGCUACAACCAUGAGAUGGUUCAUCUUGUUCAUGAUAACGCACCCAAAAGUCCAAGCACGCAUGCGUGAAGAAAUACAUGACAUAAUUGGGCAUUCAAAAUACCCUUCCAUGAGUAACAAAGAUAGCAUGCCAUAUUCAGAGGCAGUCCUUACCGAGACUUUAAGAAUCGGUUGCAUUGCCCCGUUAUCCAUACCUCACGGAUUGACCAAGGAACUGAAAUAUGGUCAGUUUCUGAUUCCAGACCACGCUGUUCUUAUUCCAAACAUCUACUCGGUUUUGUUUGAUCCAUCUAUCUUUGAACGCCCAGAAUCGUUUAAUCCAGAAAGAUUUCUUGAUGACAACGGUAAACUCAAUGGAAAGGAGAAAUACGUGGUUUCCUUUUCUUUGGGUAAGCGAGUCUGUCUUGGAGAGGCCCUAGCACGGAUGGAGCUAUUUCUCUUGAUGACGUCAUUGAUUCAGCGGUUCCAAUUUCUUCCAGAGAGUGACGAAUCGGUUUUGGACUUACAGGGAAUUCUGGGAUUGACCUAUCAACCUAAACCGUUUUAUUUUAUCACAAAAGAAAUUUUAUCUUGAAGUCCUCGUUGAUGAUGAUCUAGCUCAAGAUUAUCUCGUCAUUUUUUGUUGUUGUAAAUAUUGACUUUAUUCGAAAUUGAAAACACACAAAAUAAUUAUAAUUUUGUUCAAUGCAAUAACAAUAAUUUACUUCUACAUGUAUCUGAAAAAUCCUUCCAUUUGUAAUAGAUAUUGCAGACGACAAUUUUUAAUGCAUGUAUAUAUACUCGUACAGUUUAGAAAUAUGCUCAUGAGAAAAGUUUACUACGGAAAUUUAAUAUCCAAAAGACAUUUUAAUUGUGACCAUAUCCUUGAAGGAAGGAUAUUAAAGUCAGAUAAUUCUUUUGUUUUUCUAAUAUAUUUACAUAAUUUUUACGAUAUAUUCGUAAUAAAUAUGUUAGUUCUGAAAUUGAAAGUAGCAGACAUUGCAAAACAUUUGAAUCAUUUUGUUGAAUGUACUUGAAACUAUUUCUGAAAAGUCAGUAAAUGUUUUUGAAUGUUCAGAAAGUUUUAUUGGUUACAUCGGCGACCUAUUAAUCUUAAUUUCAUUAUUUUCAUGAAGAAAAUUCUAUGCAUAGGUCACUGUGAUAACUCUCUGUCCAUACCGCAAUAUUCUGUAUUUAUUUACAUAUUAAGUCCGAAGGAGAUCACCUGAAAAAAAAAUCAAUGUAUAUUCCCGACAAAAGUAAUCUUUGUUAUUUAAAAGUACAAAAACUGUUUGAAGUCACAGUAAUUAACAGAAACUUUUUUUUUGUAUUAAACCAUUUUUAAACGAAAAUGUUAUUUUCUGCUAAAAUAACCAAAAAUAUCAUGGCUUUUAAAUUUCUGUAAGUUUUAUUUUUGUGGGAUUAGCCGUCAAGAAGCCUUAAUUGAAGCAAAAUUGAAUUAUUGUCAUCCUGUACAAAAAUUGAUUUGCUAUACAUUUCUUAGAAGAAAACAGAGAAAAAUUUGAAGAGACAAAAAUUGAUGAUUUUUCAAAUCUUAUUUAUCAUAAAAGUUUAAGUUACAUGCAGAUUUAUCAU